UGGGCUGUUAACCUGCAGGACUUGCCUCCACAGAGUGACGUUACUUGGGCGAGUGACUCGUGAGUUUAGAUAGGUGAAGUGUUCCUGUGCCUCCUUUCCCCGGCUGGCACCGCCGGCAGUGCAGGACGGACGGACGGACAAGGGAGGUGGAAAGAGAUGGACGGUACAAUGGAUGGGGAGGAGGAGGCAUACAGGAGGGUCGGAUGGAUGGAAGAGGACAGCCAAUGGGGGUGCACCUGCCCCCAGUGACGAUGCCAUGGCCUGCGCCCCAUGACGCCGAGCUCCGGGCGGCACUGUGACAGGGGCAGCCCGUGGGCAGCCAUGGGGAGCAUCUACAAGGAUUACUUCAACCCGCAGAAGAUCCGGGAGCACUACAACUACACCAAGGAGCUGACGGAGAAGCGGCAGACCCCGGGGCGUGAUGCCGUCUCCAUCGCCAUCGUCAUCCUGUGCUGUCUCAUCGUGCUGGAGAACCUGCUAGUCCUGGUCUCCGUCUACCGUAACAAGAAGUUCCACUCGGCCAUGUUCAUCUUCAUCGGCAACUUGGCCUUCUCCGACCUGCUGGCCGGCUUGGCUUUCAUGGCCAACGUCCUGCUCUCGGGCCAGUACACGUUCAGCCUGACACCGGUGCAGUGGUUCGUGCGGGAGGGCACGGCCUUUGCCACGCUGGCGGCCUCGGUCCUCAGCCUGCUGGCCAUCGCCAUUGAACGGCACGUGGCCAUCACUAAGGUGAAGGUGUACAGCAGCGACAAGAACUGCCGCAUGGUGCUGCUGAUCGGGGCCUGCUGGGUGAUCUCGGUGGCCAUCGGGGGGCUGCCCAUCAUGGGCUGGAACUGCAUGGGCCUCCUGGAGGACUGCUCCACCGUCCUGCCCCUCUACUCCAAGCGCUACAUCCUCUUCGUCGUCACCGUCUUCACCGCCAUCCUGCUGUCCAUCGUGCUGCUGUACGGCCACAUCUACUGCAUCGUCCGCUCCAGCCACGCUGAGAUCGCCAGCGUGCAGACCCUGGCCCUGCUCAAGACGGUCACCAUCGUCCUGGGGGCCUUCAUCAUCUGCUGGCUGCCGGCCUUCAUCAUCCUCCUGCUGGACACCUCGUGCGCCAUCAAGGCCUGCCCCAUCCUCUACAAGGCGGACUAUUUCUUUGGCUUCGCCGCCCUCAACUCGGCCAUCAACCCUGUGAUCUACACACUGCGUAGCAAGGACAUGCGGAAGGAGUUCCUGCGGGUGCUGUGCUGCUGGGGCAUGGCGGGGCGCGGCAAGCCGGCCGAGCGCUGCAUGGUGCCCCUCCGCAGCUCCAGCUCCCUGGAGCGCUGCACCCAGAAGCAAGACCUGCCCACCUCGCCCAUCCUGCGGGAAUGCACCACCUCGGUGUGAGGCGCCAUAGGUACAGCGGGCGCUGAUUGGUACGAAGGGACCCGGCCCGGAGCCGGCUCUCCCGAAGGCGUCUCUGCCGGCGGGGCAAGGAGGGCGGGGACUUUCCAGUUACUGACAAUCUGGUUUGUGUGAUCCCGUCUUCCCGAGCGCCACCCACUCCUGCUGGGAUCCUGCCUGCUCCCAGCACGGCCUCACCCAACCCACGCGGCCAUGCUCACCUGGCGCGCGCCUGGGGGCUGGGCGGAGGCUGCCUGGCUCCAUGCACGCUGGCCCAGGGGCCUUUCCGGCGGAUGCCCUGCCCUGCUGGGAGCUCAGCUCCGCCCUGGUCUGCCUGCGGGUGAACUGCCAGCUGCCCUGCUGGGAUGGAGGGGGCUGGCAGUGACGGGCUAGCUGCACCAAGCCCGGCCCAGGGGGCGCGGAGGGGAUCUGGGCACAGUCAGGGCCAAGCCCUCACUGCAUAUAUUUUCCCUCACCAGCUGGUAGCAUCAAGGCACCAGGAGCCCCCCGCAUGGCGCCCGGCCCUGGCUCAUGCAGUGAGCAGUCGCUGUCGGGCAGGAUGAACUGGGGGCUGCGCAGGGAACGGAGCAAGAACCCUCUAGGGGCCCACGUCUGGUUAGAGUGAGUGUGUGUGUGUGGCUGGCUGGCUGGCUGUACGGUGCAGUGUGUGUGUGUGUGUGUGUGUGUGUGGCUGUGCAGUGCACUGUC